AUGGGUCAGACCCUGUCGGAGCCCGUCGUCGAAAAGACUUCGGCAAAGGGCGAAGAUGGCAAGCUCAUUUGGGGCGUGUCAGCCAUGCAGGGCUGGCGCAUCAGCAUGGAGGACGCUCAUACCGCAGAGCUCGACAUCGGGCCUGUCGUCCUCAAGGACGACCAAAAGGACAACAACAACGACCGACUCUCCUUCUUUGGCGUGUUCGACGGGCACGGCGGCGACAAAGUAGCCUUAUUUACAGGCGAGAGCAUGCACAAAAUCAUAUCGAAGCAGGACACGUUUAAGAAGGGCGACUAUGCUCAAGGCCUCAAGGACGGUUUCUUGGCAACCGACCGGGCCAUCCUAAACGACCCCAAAUACGAAGAAGAAGUUUCUGGCUGCACCGCUUGUGUGGCCUUGGUGGCUGGCAAGAAGGUCUAUGUUGCCAACGCUGGUGACUCUCGAGGUGUCCUCGGCAUCAAGGGCCGCGCCAAGCCCUUGUCGCAAGACCACAAGCCUCAACUGGAGACUGAGAAGAACCGCAUCACCGCCGCGGGUGGCUUCGUCGACUUUGGUCGUGUGAAUGGCAACCUCGCCCUGUCGCGCGCCAUUGGUGAUUUUGAGUUCAAGAAGAGCGCCGAGCUUUCUCCUGAGAACCAGAUCGUCACCGCAUACCCCGAUAUCGAGUCACACGACCUGACUGACGAGGAUGAGUUCUUGGUCCUCGCGUGCGACGGUAUUUGGGAUUGCCAGUCUUCCCAGGCUGUCGUCGAAUUUGUCAGGAGAGGCAUCGCCGCGAAGCAGGAUCUCGAGAAGAUCUGCGAGAACAUGAUGGACAAUUGUCUCGCCUCCAACUCCGAGACUGGCGGCGUCGGGUGCGACAACAUGACCAUGAUCAUUAUCGGCUUCUUGAACGGCAAGACAAGGGAAGAGUGGUACGACGAGAUCGCCAAGAGGGUCGCCAACGGCGACGGACCCUGCGCACCGCCCGAAUACGCGGAGUUCCGUGGUCCUGGUGUUCACCACAACUACGAAGACAGCGACAGCGGUUACGAGGUGGAUGCGGAUAAUAAGGGCAAGAGCUUUGGUGUCGGUGGGUACAAGGGUCGCAUCAUCUUCCUCGGAGACGGGACUGAGGUUCUUACCGAUUCAGAUGAUACAGAAAUGUUCGAUAACGCCGACGAGGACAAGGACCUCGCCAGCCAAGUCGCCAAGAGCUCCUCCUCCAACAACACCAGCGAGACGACCGCCGUCACCGCCAAGGACACCGAGUCCACCGACGUCACCAAGACCGAGUCAUCAGCGGACAGCACCGCCGCAGACGCGAAGAAGACCGACGCCACAACCACAGACGAGAGUAAGAAGGACUAG